AUGCUUCUAGAGGUUCUAAGUUUAGUUGCGAGUUUUCCUUUUCAUCUAGAAGCUCUUGAGUGCUAUAUUUGUACAAAUGAGGAGGGAAACUGGAAUGACUGCAUUAGAACUAUCCAAACUUGCGAACCUUUACAAGAUACCUGCCAGUCUAUCGUUCAGUAUCGAAAUCAAAAACCCGUGACUGGAUUUGUUCUUACUGCUGUAACAGUGAUCGAUGCAAUUACUAUGUGCCUGGAGGCGCACUACGAAUAUGGAGUCCUCAUACCUACACAACGUUUUUCAUCGUCUGUCUCAGUUGAAAAAACUGUAGAAAAAUUUCAUGUCGGAAAAUGGUUCUGUUGUUGA